UAUUCCAAUUCGAUUCUAUAUAAUACGUUUUAUAUAAUACGUUAUAUAAUACGAUUUUUCCGUAAAUUGUAAAAGUCUUCACAUUUGCUAUCACGAUAAAAACGGAUACCGCGAUAAAUGAGCUCGUAUAACACACUUUAUUUUUCCAAUUUCUAUGAAUUCCCCGCGACUGUGUACAUAUGUAAAAUGUAAAUAAUAUGUAAAGUGACCUCUAAGAAUCUCGCGAAUACGAGUGAAGCAGUUCGAUUCCUACAGUAGUACAGUGCUUUCGGAGCCGCAGCGCGCGGCACAUGUCUAAAUAAAAUGCGUUUAACCGAACUGAUAUUUCAAUUCAAUCAAAAAAUCUUUAUACAUUAAGGGACAAUAACGGGCUGUGAUUUAGGAUAAUAGCUAUAAUGUCGCAGAACGAUAUGAGCGACGAUGAAACUGAUGGCCUGCAAACGCCGGGGGUGUACCUCAGCACGACUUCUCACGGCGCGGGCGGCCGUAAUUCAGUUGUGCGCAGCCCGAUCAGUCCCUGCUCCUCCGUUUCGAGCUCGGUGAUAUUCGGUCAGAUCCCCGAGGAGGUGCUUCGCGCCUGGAGUCAACUACCGGAGGCGAUACGUCUGGAUCCGAGUUUGGCGGUCUUUCAGAGGGAAUAUGAUCGAAUAGCGGAAACGAGAUCUCUCGACUGCCCGAAGAGAGACUGCCUGAUUGUGAACAUGUCUCUCGGGACACAGCCCGUGGCGCCGAACAGCACGCAAAAUCAGAACAACAUCGACGAAGACGGGCAAGAUGUGCAGACGCAGGAGAGACAGAAGCCGUUUUGCCGUUACAUGAAAUUGAUCGUACUCUCCUUCUGUUGGCUGCUAUUCACAAUGAUAAUGAUGUUCAAGAACGAGAAGCCCGAGACGAUGCACCAGCUUUCUGUGUCUAGCAGAGAAAGUCAGAAUUACCGAAUCAACGAGCACGUUACAAGCAAGUUGAUCAACGUGACGAUGGAAGGACCAUUGUUGCCGUUAGUUAAAAACGAAUGUUUACCUGCGAACUUAUCCGCGCGUUAUUUAGACGUACGGCUACAGCUUUUGGCGGGCAGGAAAUUCAAUUCAAACCUCUCCUCUGCCGAUUUGGACAAUUUGAAGAUUGUAAGCGACGUGUGGACCUUGCCGAUACUGCCUGAAAAUUUGAUCAACAUUUUCCCCGAGCAGAGGCACCAGAGGGUUUUCAAAAUAAAUGUCGACAGCAAGACUUUGUCGCACGGCAUAAUGUUCGUCAACCUACGCACAAAUUCGAAGUCCAAUCUUUCGUUCUCGUUAGCCUACGAUCUGUCGCCGAUAAACACCGACACCGGCAUACCGUACGCCGCUGUUAUCCUGAUCAGUCUAUACAUCCUGAUCAUCUUCGAGAUCGUGCACAGAGCUCUGGCUGCCAUGCUGGCGUCUACGAUGUCCAUCGCGAUAUUGGCGACUCUAAACGAGCGACCAAGUAUGGACGAACUGAUAUCCUGGAUAGAUAUGGAUACGCUGAUACUGCUGUUCUCCAUGAUGGUGCUGGUCGCCAUCAUCGCCGAAACUGGGGUGUUCGACUGGCUGGCGGUCUACGCUUACAAAAUAACCGCCGGAAAAUUGUGGCCGAUGAUAAUGGCCCUCUGCUUCUUCACCGCGUUUCUAUCGUCGCUGCUGGACAACGUGACGACCGUGCUGCUAAUGACUCCGGUGACCAUUAGACUGUGCGAGGUGAUGGAGCUGAAUCCCGUGCCGAUCUUGACCGCCAUGGUGGUUUACUCCAACAUCGGCGGUGCCAUGACGCCGGUCGGCGAUCCGCCGAAUGUCAUCAUCGCUUCCAAUCGAGAUGUCAAAAACGCCGGAAUCGAUUUCGGUACGUUCACCUUUCACAUGAGCAUCGGCGUGAUAGUAGUGCUGAUCGUGGUCAGCGCGCAAAUUCGCUACAUUUUUCGAGACGUCGCGGUUCUCAGGUUCGACGAGCCGCAAGAUGUACAGGAACUGAGGCACACGAUCGCUAUUUGGCAACGAGCGGCGGCGAGUCUCUCCAAUUACAGCAAGGACGAGAAUCUCGUGAGAGAGACGUUACUGAAGAAAGUGCAACGUCUACUGUCACAGCUGAAGAAGAAGCUGAUCACGGGGAGCGCGGCGUUAGAGAAGUACAAGACCACGCUCGAGGAAUUGCAAGAAAAGUAUCCUAUUAGAGACAGGUGGUUGCUGGCGAAAUCGGGAUGCGUGCUAGCCUUCGUAAUCACGCUCUUCUUCCUGCACAGUCUACCUCAGUUACAUCUGUCCUUGGGCUGGAUCGCUCUGAUCGGCGUUCUGCUGCUUCUGAUACUGGCCGACAGCGAGGAUUUCGACGGCGUCAUGGCGCGCGUUGAAUGGAGCACCUUGCUCUUCUUCGCGUCGUUAUUCAUUCUCAUGGAGGCGCUCUCGCGUAUGGGCCUCAUCUCGUGGAUCGGCAAAAAAACCGAAGAUUUUAUUCUGUCGGUCAACGAAGAGUCUCGAUUAGCGGUUGCCAUACUACUGUUGCUCUGGGUGUCGGCCUUGGCUAGCUGCUUCGUCGACAACGUACCGCUCGCGACCAUGAUGGUGAGAAUCGCGACGAAUCUCGCCCAAAAUCCCGAGCUCGGCCUGCCUAUGCAGCCUCUGGUGUGGGCACUGACAUUCGGGGCUUGUAUGGGAGGAAAUGGAACUUUGAUUGGAGCUACUGCCAACGUUGUUUGCAUGGGUGUCGCGGAACAGCACGGCUACAGAUUCAGUUUCAUGCAAUUCUUCAGGGUAGGAUUUCCUAUCAUGAUUACGAGUACCAUAACGAUUAUGGUAUAUCUGAUAAUCGCCCACGUCGUCUUCGAAUGGAACGGAAAAUAAGUAACGGAGACACACGAGUGAGGGAUCUGUUCAACGUACAAGAAAAAAAAAAGAUGCUUGUACUCGUUAUUGUACUUAUUAUAUAAUUUUUUUUUAAGAGUAGAGAAUAUCCAUUGCGCAACAUUUGCCGAACGUAGUUCUGUAAAGUAUGCUAUGCGAAAAGAGAACAUAAAGAAGUAUGUUACGCGAAAAGAGAACCUAAGAAUCGAUAUGGACAAAGUCGUUUUAUACUUCCAGUAUAUUUCUACAUACAAUUUGUUAUCACAAGAAAAAGAAAAACUCUGUAUAUCUCUGUGUAACACGGCCGAACUUCUCUAUUCUUCCCUCCAAAUCUUAUUCUUAUUCUAAUGACACACGCGUAAGAUAAAAAUGUUGCGCGUCUUGUCUUUCGUUCGCUUUUUUUUUUUGGUAAGCAAACUUGUGCAUGUGGUCGCACAAUCACGUGGCAAAUAUUCAACGGAAAAAGCACUACAGAAGAACUUCAAUUCGUCAGAAGAACAGCUGUUUCAGAAUAGAAGAGUUCUGCUAUAUGUAAAAUCAGUUAUAUUGUAAUAUAAAUAUAACUGUAAAUCUCACUUGCAAUAAAUAUUGUUUUCUCAAGA